GUCCCAGACCAGUCAGUCAUUGGCAGACUGUGAUAAGGGUGGGACGUCGACUGCGAGACCGCCGAAGCAACGCCCCUCGCCUACAGUAUAAAAGCCGUCUCGAGUGAAUUUGGUGAUUAUUCGUUACGCAUUUCGAACUCCUUCAAAAGCAUAGGCCUAUCGCCGCCGCGCCUUUCGUUAAAAAAAAAGGCUGCGACGCAAAUCUCACUUUCCCUGCGCCCACCGGAACCGAAUCGAAGAAGUGUCGCAGGCGUGGAAUAAAAAAAAAAAUAUUCGAUUUUGAUUCUAUUUACAUAGGCCUAUAUAAUAUAUUCCUCCUCCUGCCGGAGCCAUUGACAACACGUCUAGGCGUCUUUUGGACUCCGUUGUUUAAAGGCGAAGCGACAGAGCAGUAACAUGGAACCGAGGAGAUUCGGCCUAAGGCCAGUGACCCCCCGAGGUUCAGGAACCUCUACAGCGAACACCAGCACCAGCAGCAGUAGUACUGGCACCACCAGCGCCACUGGUAUCCCUCGGAGGGUGUGGAAGCCGAAGGGCGCCCAGGAGAUCCCAGGGAAACCCAGCAGAAUCCUGAAGAAGGAGGAGAAGGACGAGUUGAUCAGGAAGCUCACAGUCCUGCAGUACAGAGUCACUCAGGAGAAGAUUACAGAAAGACCCUACUCUAACAAAUACUACAAGCACUGGGACCGUGGUGUCUAUUCCUGCGUGGUCUGCGGAGAAGACCUCUUCUACUCGAACACCAAGUACGACUCAGGGUCAGGAUGGCCUGCUUUCUACGACAUCAUCGACAAAGACAAGGUCACCCUCAAACAGGACCUCUCACACGUUGGAGCCAACCUUCUCCUGCUGGUGUGCAACCCUUCUAUGGCAAGAACAGAAGUCAGUUGUGCCACAUGUGGAGCUCACAUAGGCCAUGUGUUUGAUGACGGGCCCAAACCGACUGGCAAGCGAUUUUGUGUCAAUUCCUCGGCUCUCAACUUCAGGGCAGCGGGACCCACUGACGAGAAUGCAGUGCCUAACAUCGAAUCAAAGGAACCAGUGCGAUCUGUGGUGGCAACAAUUAAACAAGGUGAACCUCUGGUUCAUCUCGCUUCUCCAUCCAACUCGUGUGCCCUGGGUGCACGCAUGUGCUUCCGUGUCACCAAUAUGGACACGUGCGAGGCUACGACUCCUCAGUCAUGA